AAAUGCACAUCAGAUAAAACAGACCAAAGACCCACCGACGCCGACGCGGGUCGGACCAGUAGUCCCUCACUCUUCCUCUACUCCUCGUAGCUUUACACUCCAGAUCUCACAAACGCGCAUCAGUUUGACCAACAGUACGUACAAAUUCAUCUGUUUCUAGACACCAACUGCUCAUAUCCACUACACAUUCGGAGUUUGAUUUUGUGGUGCAGUAAAUCAGUGAUCACCACAUUCGGAGAGGAUUGUUCGGAUUCGUGUUUGCAGAGUAGGGUGAUUAUUGAUUGAUUUGUCCGGGGAUAAUCGUGAUGGCGGUGGCGGUUCGGGGCGGGCGGAUCGGAUCGGGUGGUGGAUCCGUGCUCCGAAGCUUCUUCAGCUACCGGAUCUUUGUUUCCGCCAUGUUCACGCUCCUCUUUCUCGCUACUCUCUCCGUCCUGCUCUCCUCUCAUCCGUCUCAUAAAGACGCUGUCGUGGAAGCUGCAGGAAAUGCUCAUGUACGGCGAUCUUUUCUAGCAUGGCAGUCAGAUCCAGUGAAGACUAGGUUAGAAUUGAUACAUAACCAGGCAAAUAAUCAUAUUGCCUUAGUUAAUGCAUAUGCUACAUAUGCGAGGAAGCUCAAACUCGAAAUAUCCAAGCAGCUUAAGAUGUUUGAUGAUUUGGCCAAGAAUUUCUUGGACCUUCAAUUGAAGCAGACCUAUCGCACUGCAUUGUUUGAAACUGAAGGAGCAGUUGAUGAGGAUGUGUUGAGGCAAUUUGAGAAAGAGGUAAAGGAUAAAGUCAAGAUAGCUAGGUCAAUGAUUGCAGAGGCCAAGGAGUCCUAUGACAAUCAGUUAAAGAUUCAGAAAUUGAAAGAUACAAUCUUUGCUGUGAAUGAAUUGCUAUUGAAAGCCAAGAAGAAUGGGGCAUUCACCAGCUUGAUUUCUGCAAAAUCGACUCCCAAGAGUUUGCAUUGUCUUGCGAUGCGUCUUCUGGAGGAGAGGAUUGCACAUCCUGAAAAGUAUAAGGAUGAUGAGCCCAAGCCUGAGUUUGAGGACCCAACUUUAUAUCAUUAUGCUUUAUUCUCAGACAAUGUGAUUGCAAUAUCUGUGGUGGUAAACUCUGUUGUUAAGAAUGCAGAGGAGCCAUGGAAACAUGUUUUCCAUGUUGUUACUGAUAGGAUGAAUUUUGCUGCUACUAAGGUUUGGUUUAAGAUGAGGCCAAUACAAGGGGGAGCGCAUAUUGAGAUCCAUGCAGUGGAUAAUUUCAAGUUCUUAAAUUCCUCAUAUGCACCAGUACUCAGGCAACUUGAAUCUGCGAACUUGCGGAAGUUUUACUUUGAAACCAUGGCAGAGAAUGCCACUAAAGAUGUGAACAACAUGAAAUUUAGAAAUCCCAAGUAUUUAUCAAAGCUCAAUCACCUCCGUUUCUACUUGCCUGAACUGUACCCAAGGCUGCACAAGAUUCUCUUUUUGGAUGACGAUGUUGUAGUUCAGAAGGAUUUGACGGCCUUGUGGAAAAUCGAUAUGGAUGGAAAGGUGAAUGGUGCUGUCAAUACCUGCUUUGGGCCAUUCCAUCGCUUGUCUGAAUAUUUAAACUUUUCUCAUCCUCUCAUCAAAGAGAAAUUUAAUCCGAGAUCUUGUGCCUGGGCAUUUGGUAUGAAUAUGUUUGACCUUGAUGCUUGGCGACGGGAAAAAUGCACCGAGCAAUAUCAUUAUUGGCAGAAUCUGAACGAGGACCGUACAUUAUGGAAACUGGGGACGCUACCGGCUGGGCUCAUUACUUUCUACUCAACAACGAAGUCAUUGGACAAAGCAUGGCAUGUUCUGGGGCUUGGAAUCAAUCCGAGUAUCAGUAUGGAGGAAAUUGACAAGGCUGCCGUCAUCCAUUUCAGUGGAGACAUGAAGCCGUGGCUGGAUAUCGCCAUGAACCAUUACAAGCAUCUAUGGACAAAGUACAUCGAUAAUGAAAUGGAAUUUUUGCAAAUGUGCAAUUUUGGCAUGUAACGGAGCACUCCUCCUGCUUAGCAAGCACAAAGUGACAAAACACAUGACGCAUAGCUAUCUGCUGAAGUAAAGCCUUUCUGAUCAUUCAUUGUAAGUCGUAAUUUUCAGAACAAAGGUUCUAAGUUUUACUCUCCCACGAAAUUUUGUCUCCAUUACUUCCUGUUGUUCUGUAUUUUAUUACAAUGGAGUGACCUGAAACCCAAACUGUCUUUUAUAUGCACAUAAACAUAUUCUUUGUACAAGAAACAGCCAUAGUGACUCAGAAAAUCGAGUGUGUUUUCUAUCAUAA